GCCUCGGCACAGUCAUUCGGCCGCAAACGUUCGAACAACGCAGACGCAAACGCAGCGAUCGUCGCGUUUCAUUCACAACGACAAUUCAUUCACCCGGUUUUACGUAUUUUCGUGUGUUCGCUGUUUACCGUUACUCCAGUGUAAAACUAUUUACAAUAUACAUAAAUAUAUUUAAGCGGGUGUCCCAACCCCCUACACCCCCUCAACUGUUCAUUGUGCUUUGUGUGUUUGUGUACCAUAUACGUAUGACACGUGCUUGAAAUACAUAUUUCCCACCGUAUCAACGGCAAUAUAAACUUGGGAUUACCUUGACUUUGUUUAUCGAUAACCGACAACAACAUUAACGGCAUGUCCUUUCAGCGCAGCUACAGCAAGGUCUGGUGGGGCUCCGAUAGCCAACAGCAGACGGGCAGCAACAGCAACAGCAUCAGCUUCACCAGCGGCGGCCUCUACUCGCAUUACAAUUACAAAGUCGUCAACCAGCAGCUGGCACAGCAACAGCCACAUCCACAUCCACAGUCACAGCAGCAGCCCGCAUCGCUGGACAGCGCUCUGCAGCGGCAUCUGGGCCAACAGGCUGGCAAUUUGUCCAGCAUACAGGAGGUGGACGAUGAGCAGAACAGCUCCAAGAUGUCCUGGCACAAGCACGACAGUCCCGGCAGUCUGCGCAGUCAGGACUCGGGCUUCUCGGACAAUGAGGAGCAUCACAAUAGCCAGACGGCAACUGCUGCGGUUGCCACGGAUGGCGGUACGCCCAGUGCCUCGCCCACAUCGUUGCGUUCGGUGGCCACGCCGCCCACUGUCAUACGCCGCGUGGGCAACUCGUCCUUCUACUCGCCGCUGGUCAGCGUGACGCGUCGCAUUUCCUUUAGCGGCCUGCAGACGAGCCAACAGACAGCUGCGGAUGGCGAUCUGGAGGAGCUAGAGCUGGAGGUGAGUCAUAGUCGCCUGUUUGUGCAACUGGAUAGCAUGCAGCUCGACGAAGAUAAGCAGUUGACUAUCAAUCCGGCCACGCCGCCGCGGCCUGCAGUGCGAAGACGCAAGCGUCUGGCGCGCAAAGCCGCCAAGCUGGCGGCCGAGGAGGAACACUCGGCCAGCGAUGGGGAGACGCCCAUAACGCCGCCGCCGCCGUACAACAACGAGACCGUGUACUUGGGUGAGGCGCCGCCGCCCUACAACAACGAAACGGUCACCUUUGGCAUGGAACAGCAGGAGGAGAAGGAGGAGGAGGAGGAGCCGCUCUCGCCGCUGCGCAGUCGCUUCACGGCCAGCACCAGCACGCCCAAGGCGCGCGGCAAACCCAAGCCCAAGCCCAAGUCGAAGCCGGCAGCUCAGCUGCAGGCGGCGCACAGCUGGCGCUCGGAGCAGCGCUGGAACUGUGAGCCGGAAGUCAUGUGCAUGCUGCAGCACAAGUCGAUUGCCCAGGAGGCGUACAAGAACUACACGAUCACGACCAGCGCAGUGGCCAAGCUGAUGCGCCAGCUGCAGCAGCAGGCGCUCCAAUUGCAGUCGCACUUCGAGCGCUGCGAGCGCGUGCUGAGCGGCACGCAGACCACGACGCUGCCGGAGGCGCUGGCGGGCGCCACACAGCUGCUGCUGCAUCUGGAGGAGUUCACCAGCGUGCUGGAGCGUCGCAGCAUCUUCUUCAAUGAUGCGCGCGUGGAGCGCCGGCGCUAUGAGCAGCAUCUGGAGCAGAUACGCACGGUGGGCAGGGACACGCGCUAUUCGCUGGAAAGGCAGCACUAUAUCAAUCUGGAGUCGCUGCUGGACGAUGUGCAGCUGCUCAGGCGGCAUACGCUGAUCACGUUGCGGCUGAUCUUUGAGCGGCUCGCUCGCAUUCUGGUACUGGCCAUCGAGCAGAGCCGCUGCGAUCUGCUGCUGCGCGCCAAUAUCAAUAUGCUGGCCACGCUGAUGAACAUCGAUUACGAUGGCUUCGGCUCGCUGGCGGAUGCUUUUGUCCAGAACGAGGCUGUGCGUGCCUUGCUGCUGAUCGUGCUCGAUCACAAGCUGAGCUCGGUGCGCGCUUUGGCCCUGCGCGCUCUGGCCACGCUCUGCUGUGCCCCGCAAGCCAUCGCCCAGCUGGGCACCUGCGGCGGCAUCGAGAUUGUACGCGACAUAUUGCAGCCGGGCGGCGGCGGCAGCCAGGAGCGCGGCGCCAUCGAACGACGUGAGGCCGUUUCGCUGCUUGCCCAAAUCACGGCCAGCUGGCAUGGACCCGAACAUCGUGUGGCCGGGCUAAGAGACUGCGCCGAGACUCUGGUUGCCGGGCUGGCGGCUCUGCUGCAGCCGGACUGCUGCGAGCAGACGCUGCUGCUGUGCGCCGCAGCACUCAACAAUCUAAGCCGCAUGGAGGUCACCUCGCACUACUCCAUCAUGUCGAACGAGGCCAUCUUCAAGCUGAUUUCAACGCUCGAACAUCAGGGCAGCGGCAUCAGCGUAUUUCUUUAUGAACAAAUCGUUGGGAUGCUGCACAACAUGUCGCUGAACAAGAAGUGCCACAGCCACUUGGCCAAUGGCAUCAUCAUAAAUUUCAUCACGUCCGUUUACCAAACGGAAUUCUACAAGACCUACGACUCACGUGCCGAAUGCGAUGCCCAGCGGCGCAGCAUUAAGGCGAUACUCUAUACGCUGACACGACUCGUCCAGGACUCGCAUCAGCUGGGCGCCGAGCUGCUGGAGCAGUGGCAUCUACCGGAUUUGCUGCGACAAUCCCUCGCAGCGGCAGCGCCCGCAAAUGCCGGACGCUCGUCCAGCUCUGGCCAGUUGGAUCUGAGCGCUGGCUACAGCGGCGACAUUUCGCAUCUGGCGCGACAAUUGCUCCAAGCACAUCAGCGGGAGCAGCUGCUGUUGGGUGUCGAUGUGGGCGUGGGCGUGGCCGAUGGGUCAGCAUUUAGCAGCAGCCACCAGACGCCCGAGGCUCAAGCAAGCAGCAGUAGAAGGACAACAAGGACCUUGCCGUCGACGACGUUGAAAUUGAAUUUAACACGUCAGGAGAGUUUUGUCUAGUUUUUGGUAUUUUUUUUAUUUAUUUUUUUGCAAAACCACCUGAGUGGCUGCGUCUGGGGCACGUUCCGUUCGGUCCGAACGUGCAUCAAGUGUUAUUGCUUGUCUGGGCACUGCGUGACCCAUUUUUCCCAUAGAUACACAAACACACACACACACAUCCUGCUACGAUACUUAUCCUUAGCCCAGCUUGUAAAUGUAAAACGAAGUAAUUUUUAUAUUUUCGACCAAGCAAAAGGCAUAAGAAAUACAAAUUGUUGUUCUAUUA